AAGCUACGGUAGACGUACUUGUCCCAUAAAAAUUAGCUGAUGCUUUGAUACAACAAUACUCUUUUGGCUGCCUGGUUUUAUCAUUUCUUGGACAUUUCGCCUAUAGGCUGUUGGUUCUCGGAACAUUGUAUAGCUCCGUCCAGUGCGCUUUACUUCUCGGUACCGGCCAAUACGUUCUGGGAGAACGCGUGUACAGUACGACUACCUUCGAACCCUUGAUCGUCUGGCACACACCAUGCAGGGUCUUCGUGAGGGAAAUGUGCUUCAGCCAUCGCAUUUCGUCAAUAAAAUGAACUUGGGGAAUUUGCGAAAAAGCCUGCGAUGGGCAGGCCCUACCCCGACCGAGCGUACCGAAGCUCUGCAGGAACGCUUGGAGGAGCUGUUGGUAUUCGAACUACACAAGGACGGCGGUUCGCAAUAUCUUACACUCAGUGUUCGAGGCCUCUAUCGGCACGUUCUCAGCGCCAUUACGAAUCGCAAAGACCAGAUCAACGUCGACCUGGAGGAGAUACCCAAAAUGCCGAAUGCCACGAGUAAUGAUCAUCGACAGACUCUGCAUGAUUUAGUAACGUCACCGUAUCCCCUGGGACUAGCAAAUAUCACUGGUGAAGAAGCGUCAGAAACUCAGGUAGCCCAGAGAAGAGUGACUUUUCAAGCUCCGUCGUUCCCAAAGCCUUCGAAACCAAAGCGCAACCGCAGCAUUUCAAUCGAUACGACCGGUAAGGACCCAGCACGUCAGAGGAGCUCAGAAAUCACUUAUCGAGAGCGUCUUGGCGGUUAUCUCCAUCCUCGGGACAUGAGGCGCUUGGUGACGCCCUUUUCGGCAUCCAACGAGCCUGCGCUUCUCGUCCGACGACACGUCAUGUUGCUUAACUUUGACCCACUUAGGGCGAUCAUUCUGCGAGAUCGACUGUUGGUGCUGGUACCGGACGGAGCAGAUUCUUUGUUGGUGAAAGUGGAGCGACGCGUGCGCGGCGGCGCAGCAGAGGUCGAAGACUCAAUUUUCGGAGGAGGAUCGAGCGUGAACUCUGCAAGUGACGAGAAAGAUAUUGGUGAUAAUCUGCAUUCAAACAACUCCCGCUCCUCGGACGAAAAGCAGAGAAAAGCAAAAAAAUCGUUGCUCAGCAAGAUCAUAGGGCGCCAUUCGUCAAAAUCUGAUGACUGCGACCCCAUUUCGAGCGAAUCUGGAAAAGCGUUUGAAGCGUCACAGUCCACGCCGUCAGAAACGACAGAGUUAGAAGACGCUGCUGAUAGUGAAGAAGACGACUCACAGGAUGCGGACGAAUGGGACGAGAUGGAAGGCCGGGAAUGGAUUGAUCUGCCUUUCGAACUGCAGUGCGCUGAUGCAUGUUUGAAUAUCGUUUGUGAGCUGCUUACUGAUGAUACAAAGGAAUUGCAAGAAGCCACUGUCGGCUACAUUCAUCGUAUCAUCACCGACCAUGGAGUUAGUGAUGACCCCCUGACAAUAAUCCGUGCCAUUAAGGAUGCAACCCGAGAGAUGAACGCCCGUGUGAAGGGUUUUGUCCAGUCAAUGAAUAGAAUACUGGACGAAGAUGAGGACAUGGCCUUGAUGAAUUUAUCUCGAUUGCUUACCCAUCCGGAGCGGUUUAUUCAACCAGUUCCACAAAGCGUCCUCGAGGAGGAGUCUGAUGAGUCUGAACUACUUUUGGAGUCCCACCUACAAACUUCCUUGACAUUAAUGAAUUCCUUAGAUUUGAUACAAGGCCAAAUUGAUACGGCUGCCGAGCUUGUUGACCAGAAAUUAGACUCUGCGAGGAACAAGAUUUUGUUCGCCAACAUGUUGAUAAGCGUGUUGUCGCUUUGCGUAGCGUCCGUCUCAUUGGUUGGGUCUCUAUUUGGAAUGAAUCUUUUGAAUUAUCUGGAGGAUGACCCCAACGCAUUCCGUCAAGUAACGUACGGGGGACUAGCCGGAGGUGUUGCUUUAGGCAUGCUCAUCAUGCUCGUGUUGAUAUACUCAGGGACAAUCCCUAGAUUUCGGCUAACUUCGAGUGAUCCCGCGAAUUUGUAA